AUGGCGCAUACCGACGACGAGAAGGAUUUCGAGCGCGGCGUCUCCCGGAACGAUGUCGAGGAGCAGGAUCUGGAAAAGAGAGAUGAGCGAGUACGAUAUCUGGAGGUCCCCAGGGACCCGAGAAGAGAAGGGCGAGGCAGGAGCCAAGACAGUACACGAUUGGAAAAGAUCGAAUCGAGCGUAACUGAGGCGACCGAAGCCAGCACUGCUGCCUAUGCACACCAGAAAGAGUCAGAGAAAGUACCAUGGCGUUACAGAAUAAACCCGCUCCGUUGGAACCCUCCGCCGGUACCAGAGGAGAGGACAGUAUGUCGAGAAUACAACGCGAGCUUCCUCAGCCUGUUACUAUUUCAAUGGAUGAAUCCGCUCAUGACGACGGGUUACAAGCGGCCAAUCGAGUUGAAUGACAUCUGGCUUGUCAAUCCCGACAGAAGUGCUACGACCAUGAGGGACAAAUUGUCGGCUUCUUUCCAACGUCGAGUUGCGCGGGGUGAACGUAACCCUUUGAUGUUUGCUCUUUUCGACACCUUUCGAGGCGAGUUUCUGCUCGGAGCCAUAUGUGCACUGUUUUCCGCCCUUUUCCAGGUCUUCUCGCCCUUCACUACCCGCUACCUGAUUCAGUUUGCUACUGAUGCCUGGAUUGCCGACAAGAUCGGAGGCAAAUCUCCUAGCAUCGGUCAUGGCAUCGGCCUAGUAAUCGGUAUCACCUUCAUGCAAAUGUGUCAGUCGAUGGCGACCAAUCAUUUCAUCUACCGUGGCAUGAUGGUUGGAGGAGAGUGCAGAGCCGUGCUGAUCAACGCCAUUUUUGAGAAAUCUCUGGUCAUCUCCGGAAGGGCAAAGGCUGGAGGAAAGGCCAUAAAAGCCGAGGAAGCGUCCGAGACGGUGGUGCAAACAGAAGACGAGAAGCACGAGGCCAGGUCGACUCUCGCCCGCAUCCUCUCCAAGCGACUUAAUUCCAAGGUUGGCCCGAAAGUUACACCUGAUAGAGGCGCCGGUAUUGCCGGAGACGGCGUCGGUUGGAAUAAUGGCAGGAUUGUCAAUCUGAUGAGUGUCGAUACCUAUCGCAUCGACCAGGCCUCUGGCUUGUUCCACAUCAUGUGGACAUCGCCCAUCCAGAUCAUCGUCGUCUUGGUCGUACUGUGUAUCAACAUUGGCUAUAGUGCUCUGGCGGGCUAUGCAUUACUGGUCAUCGUGCUGCCCAUGUUGACCAAAGCAAUCAAAUCUCUCUUAGCAAGGAGGAAAAAGAUUAACAAAGUCACCGAUCAGCGUGUGAGCUUGACACAGGAAAUUCUGGGCUCCGUGCGAUUUGUCAAAUUCUUUGGAUGGGAAACGAGCUUUCUGGACCGGCUGAAGGAACUCCGCAAGAGAGAAAUCAGGGCCGUUCAGGUCUUGCUAUCAAUCAGAAAUGCAAUCAACGCGGUUGCCAUGUCAAUGCCAGUGUUUGCAGCAAUGCUGGCUUUCAUCACAUAUUCGCUCUCUGACCAUGGUCUUGCUCCUUCGCGGAUAUUCUCGUCAUUAGCCCUUUUCAACUCCCUCCGGAUGCCGCUGAAUUUACUUCCUCUGGUUCUUGGACAAGUUACAGAUGCCCAGACCGCGAUUCAGCGUAUUCAGGAGUUUCUACUAUCUGAAGACCAGCAAGACGAGAUCAUGUGGGAUGAGGAGAUGGAGCCUGCAGUCGAAGUGCAACAUGCUUCCUUUACCUGGGAACGGACCGCAACUCAAGAUAAGGAGAGAGCUGGGACAUUCCAGACAAGGGGCGAGCUCAUGGCGGCCAAAAGAGCCGAGAAGGAACGGAAGAAGGCUCAAAAGAAAGCCGAAAAGGCGGCAAAGAAGAACAAGAAAUCUCCUGGGGCAUCCAACGAAGACAUUGCAAGUGAAACCACGGAGGUGGAACCAUUUAAAUUGCACGACAUGGAUUUCACAGUGGGCCGGAAUGAACUGAUCGCCGUUAUCGGGACUGUUGGUUCUGGCAAAACUUCACUUCUCGCUGCUCUAGCUGGAGACAUGCGCAAAACGGGUGGCAAGGUCAAGAUGGGAUCUUCUCGCGCAUUUUGCCCGCAAUAUGCUUGGAUCCAAAAUGCCACUGUGAAGGAGAAUAUCCUCUUCGGUAAGCCAUACAAGUCAAAAUGGUACAGAGAUGUCAUCGAUGCCUGCGCGUUGAAACCCGACUUGGAAAUCCUGCCAGCGGGAGACCAGACCGAGAUUGGUGAACGAGGUAUUACUCUCUCAGGCGGACAGAAGCAAAGGUUGAAUAUUGCACGGGCGAUCUAUUUUGAUGCCGACAUCGUUUUGAUGGAUGACCCACUCUCGGCUGUGGACGCCCAUGUUGGCCGUCACAUCAUGGAUAAAGCAAUUUGUGGCCUGAUGAAGGACAAAUGCAGAAUCUUAGCGACUCAUCAACUUCAUGUUCUUUCCCGGUGUGACCGGAUUAUAUGGAUGGAAGAAGGCCAUAUCCAGGCUAUCGACACGUUUGACAACUUGAUGAAUACCAGCGUCGAUUUCCAAAAGUUGAUGGCUACAACCGCUCAAGAGGAUGAAACUGCACUGGCAAAAGCUAAGAGCGGGGAAGCCAAUGAGCAGAAGUCCGAAAAGAAGAGCAAGAAAAUCAAGCCUCAAGGUCUGAUGCAGCAGGAAGAGCGCGCCGUCAAAUCCGUUAGCUGGACUGUUUGGGGGGCUUACAUCCGUGCAUCAGGAUCGCUAAUACUCUGGCCGCUCAUAUUCUUUGCCCUUAUCUUAUCCCAAGGGGCGAACAUAGUGACUAGCUUAUGGCUCAGUUGGUGGACGAGUGAUAAGUUCGGAUUCUCUGAAGGCACAUACAUUGCUGCAUACGCCUGUUUGGGACUAUCGCAAGCGGUGCUGAUGUUCACGUUUUCGACCCUUCUCUCCACAAGUGGCACCAACGCCAGCAGGGUCAUGUUACAGAGAGCCAUGACCCGAGUUUUACGCGCGCCCAUGUCUUUCUUCGACACUACUCCUCUCGGUCGAAUCACUAAUCGAUUUUCAAAAGAUGUCGAUUCGAUGGACAACAGUCUGACCGACGCAAUGAGGAUGUAUUUCCUCACUUUAGCCAUGAUCACUUCGGUCUUCGCCCUGAUCAUCGCAUAUUUUCACUAUUUUGCUGUGGCUUUGGGACCCCUUUUCAUCUUGUUCCUGUUCGCAUCAAGUUAUUACAGAGCGUCAGCACGGGAAAUCAAAAGACACGAAGCAGUUCUCCGCUCCACCGUCUUUGCACGAUUUUCGGAGUCUAUUUCGGGAGUGGCAUCUAUUCGAGCAUACGGCCUCCAAGCAUAUUUUACGACACGCCUGCGGGAUGCCCUUGAUCAGAUGAACUCUGCAUAUUACUUGACAUUUGCAAAUCAACGGUGGCUAUCUACGCGACUAGAUGCCAUCGGAAACAUGCUGGUCUUUGUGACCGGCAUCUUGGUGGUGACAGAUCGUUUUAAUGUUAAUCCUAGCAUAGCGGGUUUGGUUUUGUCCUACGUCUUGGCUAUUGUACAGAUGAUUCAAUUUACCGUGCGACAGUUGGCCGAAGUGGAAAACAACAUGAACGCGACGGAGCGACUGCACUUCUAUGGCACUCAGCUGGAGGAAGAAGCUCCAUUAAAGGGUAUAGAAGUGCCCGAUAAUUGGCCCCGAACGGGAGCGAUCACAUUCAACAAGGUGGAGAUGAGGUAUCGGCCGGGAUUACCGCUCGUUCUUCAUGGAUUGGACUUUCAGGUCAAAGGCGGGGAGAGAAUUGGCAUUGUCGGCCGCACUGGGGCUGGCAAGUCGUCGAUCAUGUCGGCACUUUUCCGAUUGACGGAGCUCACUUCGGGACAGAUCAAGAUUGAUGACAUUGACAUUUCAGCUGUGGGGCUCUACGAUUUGCGUUCGCGUCUAGCCAUUAUCCCACAGGAUCCGACGUUGUUCCGAGGCACCAUCCGAUCGAACCUUGAUCCUUUCAACGAGCAUUCCGAUUUGGAGCUCUGGGCAGCACUUCGCAAGGCAGAUCUUGCGGGAGAUGAGAUGGUGACGGCAGAGAAGGUAGAUCGCCCUGAUACUGCGCAAACUGCCGCCACAUCGACGUCGAAUGUCAACGCACCGCCUGGACCCAGUCGGAUCCAUCUCGACAGUCCCGUGGAAGAAGAAGGCUUGAACUACUCGCUUGGUCAGCGGCAAUUGAUGGCGUUGGCCAGAGCACUAGUCCGGAACUCGCAGAUUAUUGUCUGUGACGAGGCGACUUCGUCGGUCGACUUCGAGACCGACGAGAAGAUUCAGCGGACCAUGCGGACAGGCUUCGCGGGCAAGACGGUGUUGUGCAUUGCUCACCGAUUGAAGACCAUCAUCAACUACGACCGCAUCUGCGUGAUGGAUCAAGGCAGAAUUGCGGAGUUGGAUACUCCCAUCAAUCUAUUCGAAGCAGGCGGCAUCUUCCGGGGCAUGUGCGACAAGAGCCAUAUUGUGCGAGAAGAUUUCUUCAGAGAGUCAUAG